GCGCGCGGGUGUGACGUCAGUCGCCGCCGCCGCCGCCAUGGGGAAGAGCCGGUCGCGGUCGGCGAAGGCAGCGAGUGUCUUCAGCAUCGCCCGCAGCGGCGCCGUCAAGGCCAAGGCUAAGGGGAAGGCGCGGCCCGUCACCUCCGGGCUGAAGCAGAUAAACAUUAGAAAUGCUGAGAAAGUUAGUGCAAUAAAUAAAGCAUUUGCUGAAGUUCAGAAAGAAGUACAGCAGCUAUCAAAAAGCGCUGCAGCAGAACCUCAGAAGAGUCAUGAGGUUUCCACACAUCUGGAAGAGAAACCAGCAAACGUGGACGCUGCCACAAGCCUAUUAGCUCAAUUGUAAUGUAUAAUGGACAAUGAAGGGAUUGCAAGAAAUGAAGAUCAAAAAUACUGAUGGCUUUGUUUGUAC